UUUCAUUCAUUUACUGAAUGUGUGAGCUCACAGCAACGAACACGACACCACCAAACCCCUCACCACACUUUUUUUCUUCCCUGUGCCGUCGACCAUCCUUAUCCUAACUAUGAUCAAGUCCAACCCCAAUCCGAACCGAAAACCUCACCCGCGGGAUCCGGAUAACUCCGCCGACCCGCAGGUUCCGCUUCGGAACCUCUCUCAGGUUCGGACCAGAAUAGAUUCUGUGCAACGCUUCUUAUCGCAAUCUAUCAAAACCAACGCUCCUCUUACCACUGACCAAAUCGCCACCGUCUCCAACCAGAUCGUCUCCGCCAUCCACCAAACAAUCGUCAACGGCGCCGCCCUCGUCUCCUACUCCCAAAAUUUCACCGCCGCCGGAGCCGCCGUAUUGUCACCGGAUCCGCUAGAUGACGAUGCCAUCGAAGACUCCGACGACGACUGCGAAAUCGUGGAGCUGGACGCCGUGGAAUUGCUCGCGGAGCACAUCCACUUCUGCGAGAUCUGUGGGAAAGGUUUCCGGCGCGACGCGAAUCUCCGUAUGCACAUGCGCGCGCACGGUAACCAGUUCAAGACGCCGGAGGCGUUGGCGAAGCCGUCGGAGGAGGGAUCUGGCGGCGCGCGGCGGCGCACGACGCGGUUCUCGUGUCCGUUCGAAGGAUGCAACCGGAACAAGCAGCACCGGAAAUUCAGGCCGUUGAAGUCGGUGGUUUGCGUGAAGAAUCACUUCAAGAGGAGUCACUGUCCGAAGAUGUACUCGUGCAAUCGGUGCAACAAGAAGAACUUCUCGGUGCUCUCGGAUUUGAAGAGUCACAUGAAGCACUGCGGAGAGUCGCGGUGGAAGUGCUCUUGCGGAACCACGUUUUCACGCAAGGACAAGUUGUUUGGGCACAUUGCGUUAUUCGAGGGUCAUAUGCCUGCACUUGCGUUCGAUGAAGAGGAGAAAGGGAAGCAAGUGGUGGAGGAAGAUGUGGAUCCAAUGUUGAUGACUGAGAGUGAAUUGGGUAAUUCUUUUCUCGAUGAAGAGUUGCCUGAAGGGUUCUUCGAUGAUUUUGGGUCCAUUGAUAACUACUGUUUACGGGAAGUGUUAGGGUUUCCUAGUAAUUUGACGUGACUUCUUGUUGGGCUAUUUAUUGCUUUGAGUUCGGGUUUCGAUGUUAUCUUACUCUCACAUCAGAAUCAGACAUUACACGUAUGCGUAUUUAGGGAUAUUCAUAUUCUAUGGGUAGAUUUGUAUUUAUGUCUUUAUAUUCAUUGUUCAUACGAAAGAAGGAAAGUGUUGGGGCUUUCUGUUGUUGAGAGCGCGUAUUUUUUUUUUUUUUCUGUAAUUAUUCUAAUAAGGUUUCUGAUUUGCUACCACUUUUAUACUUUUAUUGGCUGUGUGUGAGGUAAAGAUUCCUUGUAGUGUGGGAGCAUGGCGGAUUAAAGGUGUUGUCGCAUGUGAGAAGUUAGAAUUUUAGUGCCACAACUUUUAGAAAGUAGAAUUUUUAAUCAUAAUCAUUUUGUGUCUCUGGCGAGGAGUGGCAAUGAUUCAUUGCCAAUGAUGGGAAGGGAAACGAAUGCUGGUAUUGGUGGGAUGUACAGAAACUGGUGGUGGAUUGGACUCUUAUGCAUUGGAAUUGGAUGGUGUUGAUACAUGGUGGAAUCAGGAUUUCAAUAUUGGAGGCUGGAGUUUUCACAUAUGGAACUGUUCUGCUUUUUUAAUUUAUUUUUUAUCCUUCAUGGCAUCCUUUUGCAAGCUCUUUUUGAAGCACUAUCGCAUAGGCUAUCAUAUCAUGGUCCCAGCCCUCUUGGCAGGCCAAUGAUAACAUUUUGAUCCUCUUUGAAUCAAAAUCUUAGAAAAAAGCACACCACGCCAUUUGUCUUGGAAUUGGUAUGCAUACAAAAUGGGAUUUUGGGUUACUAUAUAUUGGACGAUGUGGAGGUUGAUUGUUUUCAUUAAU